CUAUGGUGCAGAAAAUUCUUUUAAAAGUCGAUUGUAAACUCGGCUUGUCAAAGAAUAGCCUACUCUCUUAUUUUGGAACCCAUAGUUGCAUCACCGUGUUUAUCUCACUUGGUGGUUAUCGAGUUCCGUAUCCUGUUGAUUAUUCGUGCAUGUGGGAAGUGUGAUAUUCAAUUUUAGUUUCGGAAGCAGUGGAUUGUAUAUUAUUGCGCUGUUUAAUAUGUGUAACCGCAUCUGCUAAUGACCUAGUAAAGUUCUGCAGAACGAAUGGCUGAAAUUCUUUUGAGUGAAGCUGAAAAAACAUUUAUUCUUCACGGCGUUGAGGAAGAUUUCCGCUGUGAUGGGAGAACGCGCCUUGACUACCGCACAAUAGAAGUGGAGACAGAUGUCGUGUCUCAUGCAAGUGGUUCGGCUCGUCUCAGGCUCGCCAACACAGACAUCUUGGUUGGAGUGAAAACUGAAGUUGAUGUGCCAUACCCAGAAAGGCCUAAUGAAGGAAAAAUUGAAUUCUUUGUGGAUUGGUACGUGCAGUUACUGCUCACAGAUUGGGAGUUGGCAGGGCAGUUGUGGUGGGGAACGGAUGGCUUUCAGCAUCCAGCUACCAUUUUAGUAUUGCAGAUCCUGGAGUGUGGAGGCAACCUGUUUGAUGCAGUUUCGCUUGCCGUGAAGGCUGCCCUCCACAACACUCGCAUCCCGAAAGUAAAAGCAGCCACUAUGGAUGGGGCAACUGUAGACCUUCAACUUUCAGAUGACCCAUUUGACUGCUUUCGCUUGGAUGUGUCUGCUACUCCCUGCCUCGUUACUCUCUGCAAGAUAGGUGAUCACUGCGUGGUCGAUCCCACAGCAGAGGAGGAGACUUGCAGUAAUGCCAGUGUGGUGAUUGCUGUAACAGAAAACUCGCUGGUGACAUCCGUUUUCAAGACCGGUGUUGGCAGCUUCCACCCGCAGACACUGCUCGACAUCCUCAAGGUGGGACAGGCGAUUGGGCUAGAUGUGAACAAGGCUCUGAAAGCUGCACUACACGAGGAGGAGCAACAGGGACGUCGCAAGCAGUGUUGUGGCUUCCUGAAGUGAAAUCAUUUACAAUGAGAUUUCGUGUUCACAUGACAGCACACGUGAAGACGACCAUCUUCUGGGAUGUUAUGCUGUGUAAUCUGGCGGAGGUUUAGUGAGUUUUCAGGGUUACUUGCUGCCUCUAUCAUCAGGGCUUCACAAAUUUCAUGUCAACAUUUUAUAUGCUACUGGACGUCACAUCAGCUUAAGAAUUUUUAAUUCCCUCCAGUGCAACAAUGUGACGGACAAUUAACGUGUUGGGUGGGAGAAAAUUAAAGUUGUGAGAAUUCACCAAAGUUCCCGUUCCGUGAGCCCCGCUCUCAUACUGACCUCGGUUAUUCAUACAGAUGCAGUAAUAAUGAGAGUGUAGGUGGAGGAUUUAGUUUCAUUUGUAAAUACAUUUGUAUUUUCAUUUUCAUUUGUAGAUUCUAUACAUAAACUAUUAUUAUUAUUAUUAGACUCUUUCUACUAAAAUUAGAAAUAGAAUAAUCUUAUCAUCAGUAUCAGAAAUGGAUCUUACUUCAUGCACAAUAAUUAUCAGUAUCAAUUAGAAGGUUUUUUUGUUAAAAUAAACUAAUAACUUUUAAAGUUGUAAAUAAGUAAGGUCUUUUUUAUGAUUUAAUAGUUACGUGCCUCUGUAGAACUGCGUUGUAUUACCACGUAAGUUUAUGUGAAUGUAAAUCUGUAGUGGGAGGGGUUAAUAACCCCUUAAUACUCUUACAACCUUUUAUUCUAAUUUCUUGCUCAGACAUUUACUCUUAUUACUAUGAUGAAUAUUUUCAAAUAACCACAAACCAUCUGGAAUCAACCAUUUCAUAUCAUCAGGUUUAUAAUGAAAUUUUUACAGUCCUUGCAUUUGUUACAGCUUUCUUAAUAGUGAUGCCUGUUGUAAGUGGGACGACAUGAAUAGCGAAUCUGCCAUUAACAAAAGAGUAGCCUAUGUUGGACGUUCCAUAGAUUUAGCAAUAUUUUCUGUACAUUUGGAAAGACAUUUAUGGCAGAUGCAGUUAAUCUUGUUUCAACAACAAUUGGUAUAAAACCAAGGUGUAAAAGUAUAAAAUUGGAAUAGGUUCGUGAGAUUUCAGGUUCUCACGACUGAGUAAACUUCGUCCUGAUGAUGGAGGCAGCAAGCACCUUCGAAAUGUUAGUAAAAUACUGGACUAGACGGCCCAGCAACAUAUAUAAGACAACCAUCUUCAGAAUGGAAUUGGUGUUCUGCAUAAUUUCAUUGGUACAACAUAACCUUACAUUUAGCUGUUACGUUCUUGAAAACCGUGAACAGGAAAAUCUCUAAGCUCGAAGUUAGGUACACUGUUAUUCGCAGUAUAAUUACAGGGGUAUUAGUGAAAUGGCAUAGACAUUAAACCAAAAUAAGACGUGGAAGGGAAUGGGGAAUAAAUUUGCCUUCCUCUCGCCUGUUGCACUGCCAUAAUAGUAGCUAUUCAGUGACGCCGGAUAUCGAUCACAAAGAAUCGACCAGUCUUGGUCAAAGGAAUACAUAUCGAUAUAAAUAUCGAAAACACUAAACGCCAUUUGGUGAUCUUGUGAGUAGUGAGGAUUGUGCCUUUGUAACCCCUACAUGAAGCUCAAAUGAAAACAGGUUUUGUGGUGAAUGGACUCUUGUUUUGUUACGUCAUUCAAAAAGAAUCUUCUUGCUCUCACUUGCCGUAAUUUACGACUCCGUACAUAUUUACAGCUUCCGUGACGCUGUUUACGAAAUGCUGUUUCACCAACUCCUCGGUGCAUUAAUCUCGUGCGUGGCGCUGUUGCGUGCGGAUUUUCAGAACGAUUCGUCGAAGGACUUCGCGGACAUCCUCGCGGAGCUGAGGCACGACCACCCGAUCAUCGUGAAGGCCAAGGACGAGAGGGUGGAAGUGCAUAGCAAGUUGACCAACCUCGCAUCGCUGUUGGAAGAGAUCCUCCGCAUUCGAAACUCCGGGCAGGACAUCCCGGAAGAUGACGAAAAAGUCCGCGACGAACUGACGUCAGCUGCCCAGUCCAUCAGACGACUUGAUGACUAUAACGAGGAACUGAUUGCGUAUGGAAGGAACCUAAGCUGUUGGUUUGAAAAAGUUGCUGCUGCUUAUUACGCCAGCUAGCGACCGCAGUUGCUUAUGGCGACUGUCACAUGAGGUCUGACACGUGCUUAAUAUGUGAAACGGUACUUUUGACGUGAGUCCAUUGAGACCACCCUGUAUAAGCGAAUAAAAAUAUAUAAAGAAGCUGA